AUGUCAUUCCUCAAGCGGAUGGUGGGGGAGAGGAAAGAGAAAGCACCAGAACCGUUGAAGAGGAGGGAGAAGACGAUUGGCAACUAUGCCAUCAUAAAGACCAUAGGCGAGGGGCGAUACGGCAAGGUGAAGCUCGCGGAGCACAUCGUGACGAGAAAGAAGGUGGCGGUGAAGAUCAUGAAGAAAGCACAGAUGGAGGCGGCCGACUUGGCGCGCAUCAAGCGAGAGCUACGUGUGAUGACCGUGCUCGACCACCCCAACAUCGUCAAGCUGUAUCAGGUCAUCGACACCCCCGAGACCACCUGUAUUGUAAUGGAGUUCUGUUCGGGCGGCGACCUCUACGACUACAUCUCCACCUACCGACGCCUCUCCGUUCCCAACGCCCUCAAACUCUUUCGCCAGAUCGUCGCCGGUCUCCUCUACUGCCACCAGCACCUGGUCAUCCAUCGAGAUAUCAAGCCAGAGAACAUUCUCCUCACCGAAGACCUGCAGGUGAAAAUCGGCGACUUUGGCUUCAGCCGCAGCUUCAACCCGCACGCCGCCAUGGAGACGGCCUGCGGGUCACUCACCUACGCUGCGCCCGAGGUCAUUGCCGGCAAGGGCUACCUCGGUCCCAAGGCCGACGUGUGGUCGCUUGGGUGUGUACUGUACGUUCUGCUCACAGGCGCGCUGCCCUUCGACGGCGCCAACGAUUUUGAAGUGAUCCCCAAGAUACGCAAGGGCAAGUUCCAGGACUCGACCUUCUUGAACGAAGACAACAUGCGAGAGUUGAUCACGUGCAUGUUGAACCCGGAUCCAAACAAGCGGGCCAAUCUGGAGGAUAUCCAGAAGCACCCGUGGACGUGGUCAGACAAAUCGAUGCUGGCCAUGCUCGUCAGGCCAUUUUCCAACGCCCUAACGAGUCGCCGCAAGAUGGGGGUUCGAUUGGGCCGAGUCUAUGGCGAUGCCCAGUCCGCGCAGGGACAGAGGGUCGAAGAGGCCGGCGUUGAGUCGGGAGACAGCGAGCUCAACGACCCCACGUUGCCCAAGGAGGUUCGGGGGUCCACCAGGAACAGGGGCAAGUCUAUGUCGGACCGGAACGAAAACAAUCUGAUCGAACCGAUGAGGAGGAAGCGAAAGUCGGGCGAGAUGAAGCCACAGAACGGCGCAGCCAAUGCGCACCAGGGAGGUGGAGGUGCCCGGACCAGGGCGGCUGCGGGGCGAAGGGAGGGCGAGCCGCUGUACGGCACCGUCUACGACUCGCGGUCAAUUCUGGGCGAGUACGAUGAGAUGGAUCUGGUGGCAAUGAUGGCCGAGCGGAUGGACGAGCGGGAGAUGGCCGAGCUGGAGCUCGAGCUGCAGAUGGAGAUCGAAGCGGAGCGGAGCAGGCGAAAGAGCUCCAGUCUGGCGAGCGACGAGCCGGACGACGACGGGGACAGCCGGCCCGGCUUUGAGUCCAAGGAGCAGUCGACGGUGAGCGACAGUGGGGAGAGCUCAGCAACUGGCGAGAGACGGAACCGCAGUCGGAGCGUGGGCUCGCGCAAGGCCAGCAACAGCUUGGGCAGCUCGAGCAGCAGCAGCAGUUCGUCGUCGAGCGGCGGCGGAGGCAGCGGCAGCGGCGGCGGCAGCGGCUUGGUGCGAGGCCGGAGUCGGAAGGGCAGCAUGGGCGCCCACCGAAGCAGCAACGAGAGCGGCGACAGGGAGUCGAGCGGCAGCACGAACCUGUCCAGGCCCAGCCAUGGCAGCCCGAGCCCCAGCAGCUCCAGGGAGUCGUCGGGGGCACACAGCACGCGGAGGGAGGAGGCGGGCGCCGAGCCGGACAGGCGAAACAGCCGAGGGAAGCGGGUGCCGGACAGGUUGAUGAAGCGGGACUCGAAGGAAGACAGCAAAUCGGGGCCGCCGUCGCCCUCGUCAUCGUCGUCGACCACCUCGCCCCUGGUGUCGCCAUCAAGCUCGCAGUCGCACAUGGCCACCGUCGUUGGCCGCGACCGGUCGCAGUCGACAGCCGGCGCCACGCGAGACAACAUCAUGUCCAUGCUCGGCUUCCGGCCUCGGACCAGGGAUCAGCGAUCGCAGUCAGUCUUCGAGCCCCCAACAGUUGAUGCCUCCAUCAUUGAGGAGCCGGUGUCGGGGAGGGGACGAAGCCGAUCGCGAAGCCACUCGAUGUCGGCAGCUGAGGAACCGCCGCUCGAUCCCGCCAACAAGAAGACCACCAAGUGGAAGAAGGGCUCCUCCCGCGGAUCCCCACUCACCAACAGCCAACCGGCAUCGCCCAGCGGCGACGAGGAAGAAGAACCGGGCACCCAGUCCCCGAAGAGGGGUGGACCGUCGCCGGCGUCGUCGAUCAUCGAGCGCUACGCACGUAAGAAGCGAGCAUCGGGCAGUCCGCAGGGAAUGAGCAACAGCGCCGGCGUUCCAGCGACCAGCUCGAGCGGCGUCAGUGCUGUCAUGACCAACAGCGGCGAGCUGGAGAGGAGGCCCACGAUGCUGUCGCGACUGAAGAACAUCACCAAGAAGACCCCGAAGAACCAACAGCACCUGGUCAUGACGAGGAAGCGAUCGUUCUCCACCGAAGACGCCAUCAACCUGGCCAAGGAGAGGGUCUUGGCCUCGCGUGAAGACAUCGACAACGGAACGCAGGAAGAGGACCAAGAAGCGGCCCUCCGCCACAGCACGGCUUGA